UAAUUUAUUCUUCAAGAAAAAUAGAAGUCAUUCUCUUGUUCUCUCUUCUUGUUCUUAUUUUAUUUUAUUUUUUCAUAUUUAGCAUCAUAUAUACGUUUGUAAUUUUCAAAACGACCUUCAAACAAAAGCCCUAAUUUAUACAAAUUGGUUUUCUUUCGUUUCGUCUUCUUUCCUUCAUCCCUACAAUUUCCAAGAAAAAUGGAUAAUAAAGAAGCUACAAAAGCCGUUGAUACUCUAAUUCCGACGGCUUCUUCAUCUGAUCAAUCUGUUUCCGCAUCCGAGAAGAUGGAUAACAAAGAGGCUGCAGAAGCUAUCGACGCGCUCUCGUUGACUGCUUCCUCAUCCAACACUUCACUUUCAGCUUCACAGAUGAGUGUGGAGGAGAAGUUCAGGAUCGUCAGGAGUAUUGGGGAGGAAUGCAUACAGGAGGAUGAGUUGAUGAAUCUUUUGGCAAAGAAGCCACAACCCAUUUGCUAUGAUGGUUUUGAGCCUUCUGGUCGAAUGCACAUUGCUCAGGGAGUUUUGAAGGCACUAAAUGUCAACAAACUGACUUCGGCUGGCUGCAAGGUGAAGAUCUGGAUUGCAGAUUGGUUUGCCCAGCUAAAUAACAAGAUGGGAGGUGAUUUGAAGAAAAUUGAGGUUGUUGGUCAGUAUCUGAUUGAGAUAUGGAAGGCUGUGGGAAUGAAUCUCGAAGGGGAUCGAGUAGAAUUUUUGUGGUCUUCAAAAGAGAUUAACUCCAGAGCUCAUGAGUACUGGCCUCUUGUUAUGGACAUAGCUCGAAGGAACAAGCUUCCAAGGAUUUUAAGGUGCUGCCAAAUUAUGGGUCGGUCUGAACAAGAUGAGUUGACUGCUGCCCAGAUUUUUUACCCGUGCAUGCAAUGUGCUGACAUAUUCUUCCUUAAGGCUGACAUCUGUCAACUAGGCAUGGACCAGCGAAAGGUUAAUGUACUAGCAAGAGAGUACUGUGAUGACAUCAAGAGGAAAAACAAGCCUAUCAUACUAUCCCAUCAUAUGCUCCCUGGUUUGCAGGAAGGUCAAGAGAAGAUGUCCAAGAGUGACCCCUCUUCUUCUAUUUACAUGGAGGAUGAAGAGGCUGAAGUAAAUGUCAAGAUAAAGAAGGCUUUUUGUCCACCAAAGGUUGUAGAAAAGAAUCCAUGUCUGGAGUACAUCAAGUAUAUCGUCCUCCCGUGGUUUAAUGAGUUCAAAAUUGAGCGAAGUGCUGAGAAUGGUGGUGACAAGACCUAUAAGAAUUUUGACGAAUUAGCUUCUGACUAUGAAAGUGGGAGCUUGCAUCCUGCAGAUCUGAAACCCGCAUUAUCAAAAGCAAUCAAUAAGAUACUGGAGCCGGUGCGUGAUCAUUUUAAGAAUGAUCAGAAAGCCAAAGACCUUAUGAAAAGGGUGAAGAGUUUCAAGGUAACAAGGUGAGGUUUAGUUGAAUGAAGUGUGAGUGGAUCGAGAGAUGGUGGUGAUGGCUGUCUUUUCCGUUCUUUUUUUUUUUUUUUCACUACACUUGCCUAAAUUGGUUCUCGAGAAAUUUGAACAUCAUAGACACCCGCCAUUUUUGAUCUAGUAUUUUCGUGUUCUUGUAUUAUUGAAAUGCCCUAGACAACUUUAAAUUUUGUUAUUUGUGAUUUCACGGAGGAAAUGCCUCUGAAACAUUUGUUACCUACAUGGUGACUUCCAUGUAGUAUUUUUAUUCACUAAUUUAAUAUGCUUUUUUUUUAA